CGUGAGCACGAAACAAGUACCAGGUAGACUAGAGGGUACCGAAUCGGAUGCCAUUGAUUGACUUGAUGCUACCCAGUGCUCGUACCGCAAGAGAGCCUCCAUCAUGCUGCAUUAAUUAUUGCUCCAUUCUCGUAAAUCGGUGCUCUGACAAUGGACGAGAGACAUGCCUCGGCAGCCUAUUUUGCUCUGGGCUACUCUUCUCCCCGCAGAGGAGGGCUCACGGCCUUUUGGUGCUUUGAUAUCUUUGCCUUGCUUUGGACUUUGGUAAACCAGUGGAUACAGCACACCUCCGGCUUUAGCUCAAUGGCACUCUCUUCAACGCACGUCCUGUUCUGCAGCUACCAACUAGCAACUCCGAUAAGUCCACAUAAAGCUUCCAACCUGUUGAUGGGUACUACGAGUCCUAAUGGGAAUUCAGCUUCUGGUUAGGCGUACUCCGUACUCGUCUUCGAGCUUGCCCACCC